AGGGGGGUGGUGGGGAAGGAGAUAGUGGAGGAGAUGGUGAAGGAGAUGAGUGGUGGUAGUGGUAUUGGUGUCGGGGCAGGUACUGGUACUACCUUUGGAGAUGACAAAGUCGUUGAUAUCCCUGGUGAUGGUGAUGGUGAUGGCGUUCAAGUUGGGUCUGACAUGGGAGUGGGUGUGGGUGUCGUCAAUACAGAAGCGUUGGACGGAGCUGCAGUGGUCUGCACGACAAACAAAGCCGAUGCAAGCACUGGAAAGACCACCAUGGGAAUUGUGGAGGAAGGAGCAACGAGACUUGUUCGAUUGUGGGUGUCGGGGGAGUUGCGAGCUCUGUUCCGACGCCCAUGGUUUACGCGCGUGUGGGUCGUGCAGGAGGCGUGUCAGUGCGCCGACACUGUCUUUGUAUGUGGAAUGAAGCCGCCGGUGAGCUACGACAUCGUUGGGGCGAUUGCCCUUUGUAUGAUUCACGCCGUGCGAGAGGUUUUGCGCAAGAGUGGUUACGCGGCGGACUGGGACGGCGUGAGCCCCCUUAGCACUGACAUUGAACUACUAGCUGGGGUGAUGAUAACAAGAGAUGUGAUCCCGGUUAUGGGCCUCUUUAUACAACAGAUAGCUCAGUCUCACGCAACUCGUGAGCGUAGACUCCAGCAGAUCAUGGAAGGGGAAGGGGGCGACAAUCUAUUUCGACUACUCACCGAUACGUACACGGACAGGUUUUUGUCUAGAGAGACGAAGCUUCACAGAGAUCGGGUUUAUGCUUUGCUGGGUCUGGCGGCGGAUGUUGGCGACCUAGAGAUCAAACCAGACUAUUCCGGCCAAACGGGAACUGCACAAAUCUUGAUCGAGGUAGCAAAGGCUAUCAUCGGAAAGACGAAGGAUGGAUAUCCGGUCGAGCUUCUCUCUUAUUCGCAGUUCCCCAAAACAAUUCUCGACGAUGGGAGUCAUGACAAGCUACCAUCAUGGGUACCGGAUUGGAGGUCUGGCUUGCGAUACGCUUUUUAUUACUACACCAAUCCUCAGAAAGGGAAUACGGGAACCAAUAAGAAGAUGCUCAUGGCAUGCGGGCCUCAUCGUUCAGUCGAGAUGGUGCCGAAUCGGACCGCUGGGAUUUUGGGUUUACGGGGAUAUCUCGUUGACACCAUUGAAGUGGCGGGCGGGAUGGUAUAUAGAGGGCGCUUCAACUUGGCGACGAAUCUGCAGGUGUGCGAUCACCAUAUUGCGUUCUUCGAGAAGUUGGACAGACUAUGGGAGCUUUCGAAGCAGAAGGACGAACCCAUAUACGAGACUCCGGCACGAAGGGAGGAGGCACUUUGGCGUGUGCCCGUUGGAGAUAUUGCAUCCGAUUGGCAGAUGACCAUGCUUCAACAUAGGACAAAGACCGAUUUGGUCCUUGAAUAUCACAGGUUGAGACGUAGUUUGGAGCAAUUGCAAGCGCUGGAAAUCGACAUGACUGCGCCCGGCUGGAUGGACUGUAUGGAUGAAGAUAAGAAGAAGAAGGUUCUUGAAUGGACUGCACACUCAUUGGAGGCAGAUGGAGGGAAACACUAUGACGACUGUCUCGCAAAAAUGGCCGGCAAGAGCUUAUAUCUCACGAAGAAAGGGUACAUGGGAAUGGGGCCGCAUGAGAUGAAGUCGGGGGACGUCGUCACUGUCUUUCCAGGGGCAAGGAUCCCCUUCGUCCUAAGACCAACAGCAGAAGAAGACACCUUUACUUACAUAGGGGACGCAUACUGUGAUGGCAUCAUGGACGGAGAGAUCACCCUCAGGGAGGAAAAACGGGAUUUCUUCCUCGUCUAGGCCAAGGUGUAUGGGAUAGAUGUAAGCAAAAUGGUGAUCCAAUUGAUUGGAUAGAAAGUGUGUGAUCUGAUGAAAAGAAAAUAGUCUACUCCCAAGGCCUUU